UCUGCGCGUGGGCGGGGAGCCCCGACCCUCGCCGGGGCCACGUCAAUCUAGGUGCUCGGCGCUCUACUGAUCCGGCCCCCGGGAGUGGGCGGGCACGUUUGCCUCGGAUUGUCUAACAGGCGUAGGAGAGAGCCAAUGGCGUGGCUCACAGCUCCACCCCUUCUAUUCGAUUGGCCGGCGCCGAAAAGCCGGGCGUGAGAGCCGCAGCCUCUGGAGGGAGCCGCAGCGGGUCUCUCCCUCACUCACUCUCCGCGCUUCCCCGCUCUUCGGUUCUGCUCUGUCCGCCGCCAUGGCCCAAGCUGACAUAGCGCUGAUCGGAUUGGCCGUCAUGGGCCAGAACUUAAUUCUGAACAUGAAUGACCAUGGCUUUGUGGUCUGUGCUUUUAAUAGGACUGUCUCCAAAGUUGAUGAUUUCUUGGCCAAUGAGGCAAAGGGAACCAAAGUGGUGGGUGCUCAGUCCCUGAAAGAGAUGGUCUCCAAGCUGAAGAAGCCGCGGCGGAUCAUCCUCCUGGUGAAGGCUGGGCAAGCUGUGGAUGAUUUCAUCGAAAAAUUGGUACCAUUGUUGGACACUGGUGACAUCAUCAUUGAUGGAGGAAAUUCUGAAUAUAGGGACACCACAAGACGGUGCCGAGACCUCAAGGCCAAGGGAAUUUUAUUUGUGGGGAGCGGAGUCAGUGGUGGAGAGGAAGGGGCCCGGUAUGGCCCAUCGCUCAUGCCAGGAGGGAAUAAAGAAGCGUGGCCCCACAUCAAGACCAUCUUCCAAGGCAUUGCCGCAAAAGUAGGAACUGGAGAACCCUGCUGUGACUGGGUGGGAGAUGAGGGAGCAGGCCACUUCGUAAAGAUGGUGCACAACGGGAUAGAGUAUGGAGACAUGCAGCUGAUCUGUGAGGCAUACCACCUGAUGAAAGACGUGCUGGGCAUGGCGCAGGACGAGAUGGCCCAGGCCUUUGAGGAUUGGAAUAAGACAGAGCUAGACUCAUUCCUGAUUGAAAUCACAGCCAAUAUACUCAAGUUCCAAGACACCGAUGGCAAACACCUGCUGCCAAAGAUCAGGGACAGCGCGGGGCAGAAGGGCACGGGGAAGUGGACCGCCAUCUCCGCCCUGGAGUACGGCGUACCCGUCACCCUCAUUGGAGAAGCUGUCUUUGCUCGGUGCUUAUCAUCUCUGAAGGAUGAGAGAAUUCAAGCUAGCAAAAAGCUGAAGGGUCCCCAGAAGUUCCAGUUUGAUGGUGAUAAGAAAUCAUUCCUGGAGGACAUUCGGAAGGCCCUCUAUGCUUCCAAGAUCAUCUCUUAUGCUCAAGGCUUUAUGCUGCUAAGGCAGGCAGCUACCGAGUUUGGCUGGACCCUCAAUUAUGGUGGCAUUGCCCUAAUGUGGAGAGGGGGCUGCAUCAUCAGAAGUGUAUUCCUAGGAAAGAUAAAGGAUGCAUUUGAUCGAAACCCGGAACUUCAGAACCUCCUACUGGACGACUUCUUUAAGUCAGCUGUUGAAAACUGCCAGGACUCCUGGCGGCGAGCAGUCAGCACUGGGGUCCAGGCUGGCAUUCCCAUGCCCUGUUUUACUACUGCCCUCUCCUUCUACGAUGGGUACAGACAUGAGAUGCUUCCAGCCAACCUCAUCCAGGCGCAGCGGGAUUACUUCGGGGCUCACACCUAUGAACUGUUGGCCAAACCAGGGCAGUUUAUCCACACCAACUGGACAGGCCACGGUGGCAGUGUGUCAUCCUCGUCAUACAAUGCCUGAUGGUGCUGCUCCUGUCACCCUCCACGAUUCCACAGACCAGGACAUUCCAUGUGCCUCAUGGCACUGCCACCUAGCCCUUUGCCCUAUUUUCUGUUCAGAUCUUUUUUUAAAGUGUUGUUAGAGACUCCUGAGGAAGACACACAGUUUAUUUGUAAAGUAGCUCUGUGAGAGCCACCGUGCCCUCUGCCCUUGCCUCUUGGGACUGAGCAGGAGCUGCUCAUGUGCGUGAGAGUGGGAACCAUCUCCUUGCGGCAGUGGCUUCCGCCUGCCCCAUGUGCUGGUGCGGUUCCCAUCACGCAGUCGGGAAGGAUGUUUGUGCACUCGGAUCAACUGGAACCUCUAUCAUGCGGCUGAAUUCCCUUUUCCCUUUACUCAAUAAAAGCUACAUUAGACUGAUGCUCUUUCUCCAGAUUCUUAGUCUCGCCUCGGCCGCAUGGAGCCAUUAUCCCCAUUGGCAGAAAGAUUUUUCUUUAAAAACAAAGACUAGAAUAACAAGAAACACCACAUUUAGGAUCAUGCUUCACUCGGAGGUGGCAGGCAGGGAGGGCGCACCAGAGGCUGUAAUACACUGGGCGUGUUCUCUUUCUCCAGUUGGGCAGUGGGUACGUGGAUGUUCACUGUAACGUGCUUUUUCUUUCGUCUUUUUUUUUUUUUUUCCUGCUCCUGGCAAGCUGUGCGUGACAUUCGUUAUGCCUUUUUGUAUGUCAAAUACUUCAUAAUAAACUUUCUAGAGAAUUACGCUUUAA